CUCUCGCCUGCACCUCGACGUGCUCUCUCGCGCCGUCGUCCAGCCCUCGGUCACGCACCCGGCACCGUCACGGGCCCAUCUUGACGCGCCAAGAGCUCAUCAGCCAACUCGACUUCAUCACCCUCGCUCUCCCUCCUCGACGCUCGACUCGUACCAGCACCGCCAUGAGGCCAUCGUUCGCCUUCAAGGCUGUCGUAGCCGCGUCCUGCACGGCGCUCGCUAGCGCCACCGCCCCCAUCAUCGCGCAGUACUGGCCGGCCUACAACUCGGCAGACCAAGCGCCCGCCCAGAUCCCGUGGCAGAGCGGCGGCAUCGCCUACUACUUUGUGACUGUGACGACGUCCGCCGGCUUCAAGGUCCCCGAGGACCAGUCGACCGCCGACAUCGCCGAGUUCGUCAAGGAGGCAAAGGCCCACGGCGUCCGCCCCGUCUUCUCGCUCGGCGGCUGGUCCGGCAGCAUCUACUUCAGCUCGCUCCUCGACUCGGCGACAAAGCAGGCGUCGCUCGCGACCAAGAUCAAGGGCUUCAUGGACAAGUACGGCUUCGUCGGCGUCGACCUCGACUGGGAGUUCCCCAACAACCGAGGAAUCGGGUGCAACCGCGUCAACAAGGACGACUCGACGCGCCUGCUGCAGUUCCUCAAGGUGCUUCGGCAAAAGCUCGGCACCUCGAAGCUCAUCACGGCCGCCGUCUCGACCGAGGGCUUCCUCGGCCCCGACGGCGCACCUCUCGCGAGCUUUGCGCCCUACGCCAAGUACUUCGACUACCUGAACCUCAUGCUGUACGACAUCGCCGGUCCUUGGUCGCCCACGACGGGCCCGAACGCGCCGUUGCGCAAGUGUGCGAGCGACUCGUCGGUCCAGACGGCGGUCAAGCUGUGGACCAGUCGCGGGUUCCCUGCCGCCAAGAUCCUCAUGGGCAUCCCGGCCUACGCGAUUUCCUUCACGACGACCUCGUCGACGCUCAAGGAGAUCGACGUCAGCGGCGGCAAGUGGAAGAGCCGGGCAUACCAGGGCGUCACGGGCGUCACGCCCAAGGGUGCGCCGGGCGACUCGAACGCGCCGUACACGGACGAGUGCGGGACGACGACGGCCGCCUUUACUGGGCAGUGGCAGUACCGCGACCUCAUCUCUCAGGGCCUCCUCAGCAAGGACGGCUCGAAGGGCCUGAACGGCUACGAGCGCAUCUUCGACACGUGCUCCCAGACGCCGUUCCUCUUCAGCCCCGCCAAGCGGCACUACAUCGCCUACGACGAUGCGCAGAGCGUCAAGGGCAAGACGAUCUGGGCGAUGCGCGAGGGCCUCGGCGGCGUGUUCGUCUUCGACUCGCGCGGUUUCACCUCGGACGUCUACGCCGCCAUGAAGACGAGCCUCACCUCGCGCCGCCGUCGCGACGAGCUCCCGGCCCUUCUCUGAGCUUCUGCACACACUAUCCCCAUGUACUCUCGUUCCCCUCGCACCCCUUUCUUUGCCUCGUCGCGCACUCCUCGUCGCCGUCUUCCCCUUUUUAGCCUUAUUCCCCUCGCACGCAAUAGACCCUGGUGGUCCUCUU